GCGCGCUCUGUCUGCAACGCAGGCCGUGUGUCUGUGUCCGUCUCCACGGGGGAAUUCCACGAGUCAGGAGGCAAGUGGCACAGGAAGUGUUCAGCCUUCCUUUAAAUACCAGAGUCUCGCUCUCUGAGCAGAGCAGAGCAGUGAUUCCGUGCUCCAGUCCGCCACAAUGCCGCAGAUACACGCAAAAUGUUUCAAAUAUUGCCUGAUCGCUCUCAACUUGGUAUUCGCGCUGCUGGGCCUCAUCAUCCUGAUGCUGGGAUUCUGGUUCCGCUUUGAUCCGAGGACGAGGAGCCUCUUUGACAUUGACGAGAAUGCCAAACGGAUCAGUGUCGGUAUCUAUGUCAUGUGGGCGGCAGGGAGUUUGCUGCUGGUCGCUGGAAUUAUUGGAUACCUGAGUGUAACUCGGCAAUACAGGUGUAUGAUCUGGAUAUACCUAGGAUUUCUGAUUCUCUUAUUUCUGAUUGAAAUGGGAGUUGCCAUCUGGGCGUUUGUGCAGAAGGAUCAGGUCAUCGAGCAACUGCAGACCACCUACAUCAAGACCGCUGCCAGCAACACCAGGGACGUUGACUUUGAAUGCAUGAUCAACGCCAUACACAAAACGCUGGACUGCUGUGGUUACUUCGAUGAAUCAGGACACCAGGCAGGAUGCAGCAACCCAGGUCAACAUAAAGACUGUGGAAAGGCCAUUGAGGAAAUCAUCAAUUCCAAACUCCACAUCUUUGCAGCCAUCGCCUUUGGCAUUGCCUUGGUUACAGUCCUGGGGAUAAUUCUCACAAUCCUCUUUCAGAGAUCCCUCAAGUCAUCCCAUGUGAUUUAACCAGCGGAGAGCCAGAGGCGAGGAACAAGCGGCCUGCUAACCUGAAGACAAAUGUAAAAACGGGCACCAAGUGCUGGAGUAACUCAGUGGAUCAGGCAGCAUCUCCGGAGAACAAGGAUAGGUGAUGAUUCAGGUUGAGACCCGUCUUCAGUCCAUUCCCGAAAUGUCACCUAUCCACGUUCUCCAGAGAUGCUGCCUGACCCGCUGAGUUACUCCAGCACUUUGUGUCCCUUUGUAUAUUAGCCAGCAUCUGCAGUUCUUUGUUUCUAUAUGGAAGAUAAAUGUGCAUGCUUUCCAGAA